AAAAGCUUCAUACCAUUAUGGAAACCUGUGACAAUCUCACGACUCUCCAUUGUAUGAUAUUGUUAGUCCUUUAUUCAAUGCUAAGCCCUUGUGGAGGAUCUACUUGGCAUCUCCUCGGGCUCGCAAUGAAUAAAUCUAUCUUGCUUAGGCUCCACAAAGAACCAAACACAGAAUCCGGCAUAUCGGCUGAAGAGAUAAACCGCAGGAGAAACAUCUUCUGGACUCUCUACACAAUUGAUCGGAUACUGGGGUGUGUGAUGGACCGGCCAUUUAGUAUCCAAGAUGACGAUAUAUCCCUCAAGUCUCCAAACAUUGGCGCCACUCCUGAUGGCGCAUUUGGCUACUAUGUAGUUAUGCACGCUAGGUUGAUGUCGUGCAUGCGUAGCUCUCCACAUCAACGCCCAGUCUUCUAUUAUACCAAUAUUUGUCACUGGCGACAUAUCCUCACAUCCUCGAAGGAAACCCCCAACACAGGCGUUAUUUCGUCCGUCUCUGUCAAACAACUCACAUGCAGGGCCUUGAUCCAGCUUGUCAAGCUUGGCGGCUUUAUAAGUUCCAGAGACAGUGCGAUGGGCGACGGCCAGACGAUCAAACAGGAUGCAAUCUCAACCUGCCAGGCAUACAUAAAUGAGGAGUAUCGUCGAUCAGAGCAAGGGUUGUUCUCUGGGUCGUUCAUUCUUGGCCUCGACAUUUUCUCCGCAGGCGUAAUCGGAAUCUUGCUUCCAUUGACAUCAUUGUUAAGGGCGCCUUCUCUGGAUCCCAAUCUCGCUAAUAAGUGUACUGCGUUGCUGACAAUACUUGGAGAGCGAUUCACGUCUCUCAAAGCGCUGUGCAGAGUUCUUUGGGCUUUGUCGAAUGUUACUUCGCAAGGCUGGAUUGACGAGUCGAUACUCGAUGACUUUCCAGAAAUUGUUCCCGACGGAAUAUACAUGAUGAUUGUGGAAUUUCUCCGAAAGGCGCGUCUCCGUAGCUGACUCGUUUCGGACGUCCGUCGGACAGAUUCCGGACCACUAUCCGACGAUCGUGAUCGCAUCUCUUGAGUCACUCUGCAAUCAUCAUGGCACCCGGAAUCGUCGAAGCCCCUUCCUCGGCUGGUCGGUCGACCGACAGCUCUAAGCCUACCGUCUACGCCCUUGACACAUUUCAUCCCACAGCCAUAUCACACGCCGAAACACUCUUCAACGUUAUUCACCCCCAUGACGAGGAAUUCGAAAAUUGGAGACAAAAUGCCAGGGCCUUGCUCGUGCGGGGCUCCUACGUCACGGCCAACGAUAUCGCCAGCUGCCCGAAUUUGGUCGCCAUCGGCAAGCAAGGCGUCGGUAUUGAUAAAAUCAACCAAGAAGCUUGCACAGCGCGAAACAUCAAGAUCCUCAACACACCCGGAGCCAAUGCCCGCGACGUUGCCGAGCUCGUCGUUGCCCUUGCCCUGUCCGUGGCACGAGGCAUCCGGUCGAUCACUACCCGCCAGAUGGUCAAGCCGGUACCAAAGGAGACCUGCAAUGGGUUGACUUUGUAUCAAAGGACUGUCGGGAUCAUCGGCAUGGGCAACAUCGGAAAGAACGUGGCGGCUAUCUUUCGGGGCGGGUUUGACGCUAAGAUCAUUGCUUAUGAUGCAUAUAUGCCGGAUAAUGCUUGGCCACAUAUCCCUCAUACCAGAGCGACGAGCAUCGACGAAGUCCUGGCCAGCGCCGAUAUUUUGUCUUUACACGUUCCUCUCACCGAUGAGACUCGAAACAUGAUCUCUUACUCACAACUUCGGAGCAUGAAGUCCGACGCCAUUGUGAUUAAUGCGGCUAGAGGCGGGAUUGUCAACGAGGCAGAUCUGACGAGGGUGUUGUCGGAAGGACAUUUAUGGGGCGCGGGUCUCGACUGCCACGAGCAAGAACCACCAAGUCAUGAGAAGUAUGGCGCUCUGUGGGAGAAUCUGAAUGUUAUCAGCACGCCGCAUAUCGGGGCCGCAACCACGCGAGCGCAAGUCGCAAGCGCCACGGCGGCCGUGGACAACCUGUAUCAUUACUUGGCUGAGCUGUGAAUUUCUUUCUG